GAGCUGAAUGAUGAUCUGUAUCAAAAGAUAGCAGCAGAGAUGAACCUGUCAGAAACAGCUUUCAUCACCACAAUCAACCCUGCUGACACUUUCACAACUGGUUCAAGGUUUCGCCUCCGAUGGUUCACACCAACAACUGAAGUGAAUCUGUGCGGUCACGCCACCCUGGCCUCUGCAGCCGUGCUGUUCCAGCAUAAAAAGAACGUUAAUCCAACACUGGUGUUUGAGACCAGGAGUGGAGAACUGGCUGUUACACGGAAAAAGGAUGGAUUCAGCAUGGACUUUCCUCUGAAUCCUCCCACCCAGGAGGAUCCUGAUGACUUCAAAGACAUUAUAAAGGUUGCAGUUGGAAACCUCCCAGUUCAGGGUGUUUUUCUGAGCACAAAUGUGAAGAAGCUGAUGAUUCGGCUGUCUGACGGCUGCGACAGGUCAGUGCUAACGGGUCUGAAAGUUGACGCCGCUGCUCUCCUGAACGUCGAGACAAACGGAAGAGUCAAAUCAAUUAUUGUCACCAUGAAAGGGUCACCAGACUGUCAGCCGGGGUAUGACUUCUACUCCAGGAACUUUGCCCCCUGGGUUGGGAUUGCAGAGGAUCCUGUCACCGGUUCAGCACAUACUGUCCUGGGAAGCUACUGGUCAAAAGAACUAGGAAAAAAGAAAAUGUUAG